AUGGAAAAUAUGAGCAAUCAAAACAUUUUUGAGUCGGUUUUUGUCAGUGUAACCUUUGAAGAAGAAGUUCCAAUAGAGCUACAUUUCAUACAACAAGAUGCUGUUGACAUUUUGGACCUCUAUUCAAAAUUUGUGAUUGAGAGGGUUGGAACUAGGACUCGACCGUGCGAUUUGCGGCUACAUUUGAUGAAGGAGAUUUCAGGUAUGCCAACUUCUCUAAAUAGUGAAGAAUCAUGUCCUGCAGUAUCUCCUGAGACAACCAGCGAGUCAUCCAGCGUGUCGUCGUCCAGCGAUGGAACAGAAGCAGUAGAUAUGGUAGAGACUUUUUUGGCAUGA